AUGAGAGUCCUCGCCGUGGAUGAUGACCCUAUUGGGCUCUUGAAGAUGGAGAAAAUGCUUCGGAGCUGCAACUACCAAGUGACAACAAGGGCGUCGGCGAUAGAAGCAGCGCGAGAGCUGCGUGAGAACCUUGAGGGGUUCGACCUUGUCAUGACCAUUGCGCACACGAAGGCCCGCGGAAUUGAUGGCUUCGACAUCUUUAAACAAGUCAAUAAUCGACUUCCAGUCAUUUUUUUCUCCGACGAGAGUGACCCGGAGAUGAUAAAGAGGGGGUUCCUAGGAGGCGGUGCGACUUCCUUGUCAAACCCCUAUGGAUUGAGGAGAUCAGAUUCAUCUGGCAGCACAUUUGUUGUAGGCUCUAUUUAG